AUGCUGAGGAACCACUGCACCAGGCUGAUUCGCGAGAAUAAAGUGAAAUACCAAGAGCCGCUAGCACAAAAUUUCAUUUCUAACCCCAAGCUGUUGUACCAACACGUCAACUCCAUUCGGAAAGUAAAGUUUACUAUACCGGUACUAAGUAGCGCUGGAAGAGUUGCAGCCACUCCAACGGAAGCAGCGGAAACGCUGAAAAUUCAUUGUUUCAACGUAUUCGCAGAACCGCAGGUUGGAGGUUUACAACUACCCCAACGGUUGUAUCAUCUACCACAUCCUUCACCGACCUACGUAUCAUUUACUGCUGAAAGCUUCAAAGCAAAACUAAUGGCUUUGCGAAAAAAUGCAAAACCGGGUGUGGACAACAUACACCCGAAAUCUCUGAUCUUUUUGGCACAUCAUAUAUCCAAACCGCUAGCUACUCUGUUUCAACGAAUGUUCGACCAAGCAACACUCCCCGAACCAUGGAAACAAGGAGUCAUUCGCCCAUAUACAAAGGUGGUUCUCGUAGUGACCCCGCGAACUACAGACCUGUAA